AUUCAUCUUUUUCAAUUAUGCGUUUUAUACCAAUCGAUCAAUCCGAUGAACCAAGAUAUAGGGUUACCUUUAAUUAUAAUUAUCCGACAACUCUUGAUAUCAAAGAUAAUAUAUUAAUUGACGAUAAUGAUCCAAAAUCAGUUAUAAAACAUGUAAUUUCAAGAAUUAAACAAUUACGUCCACCUUGUGAAUUAACAGAUGUAAUGAUUGAAUUAUACUCGUUGGUUCCGCUUUCUCAUCCGGGUGAAAAUUAUCCAUUUAGAACGUAUAACCCUCCACGACGUCGUCAACUUCGUGAUGUUGAUCCAUUAUCUGUCCCGCCUUGGAAAGAUGAUAGAAUCAUUUUGUUAGGCGAUUCAGCUCAUGCUAUGAAUCCACUAUUAGGAUUAGGUGUAAAUAAUGCAUUACAGGACGCCGACCUUUUGACCAAGGAAUUACUUAAUUAUGAGAAUGACAAUUUAACCUCGUGCAUUCAACGAUACAACGAACAAAUGCGAACUCGAUCAUCUAAAGAUGUUAUGACAUCAC